GCGGAGCUUUGCACCGAGAAGCGCUGUAGAAGAGCACUACUGGCUCAGAGAGGAACAAUAUAGUCCCAUGUACUUGAUACGGCAACUUCAGUCGCGUCUCGGACGCUGUAUCGUCAACAAUUGGUGAAUUUGGAUUUGGAUGCUUCUCUACAACUUCACUCUCUACACACCACAAAAUUGGACAGUGUGCACAAGUGACUCAAAAGUGAAUUAAUCCCUGCAAUUUUUUUCACCAUAAAAUAUUCCUAGUGGGUGGACAAUCAAUGCUGCAACUUUUUUUGUGGGCCAAUUGAAUAAUUUUGUGAUUAACCAACAACCCCCACGAACAAUAUAAAUUUAUUGUAUAAGAUAUAUUGUGGAAAAAGUAGUGUUUGUGCAUUUUUGAGGAAGAGACUUUAUAUCACAAUUUAUGGUGAUUUUUUGCAAAUCUCGAGGAAGUUAAUCCACACACCAUCAAAGCUCAUAAACUCAUUUCAACAUCUUUGAAAAGUAACUGGAUCAGUGAGUUCUCAAAUUUAUUUGGAGGUGAUUUUUUUCUGGAUUCAAAUCGUGCCGCGAGAUUCUGCCUGCUUCUCAAGAAGUCCGCGGAAAAAAAGUGAAAGUGAACUGACCACCCCAACAAGGACAAUAGUUGCGCUGUGGUUUGUGGACUGAGGAAAAAAAAGAGCCUAUAUAAAUCAUCCGUGACAGAAGGAUUAAAAAAAAUCGAGUAGUUUAUUGUGUCACAGUUAUAAGAUUUGGACAAUUUUCCUCCACCUUUUUUUUGUAAGAUGUGUGCAACGGAUAAUUCUGAAAAAUUGUGGAAAGCAUCAGCCAACGGUCAUUGAGGGCUUCACCACGUCUCUGCGUCAAGAGAGCAACAACUCACAGCAGAAGUCAUUUUACAUGUAAUUAAUUAUCCGAUUUGUGUGUGUCACAGGAGUUCCGUGAAGUUGGAUUUUUAUUCAACUACUUUGUUGUAGAGAAAGAGCACGAGGAGGAAUAUUAACCAUUGUCUUUUGCCAUUUUCGGUACAAGUCGAUAGAGUUAAUCCGUCGCUGGAUUUUUUUCUUGUCACUUGGCAAUAAGUGUUUCGAAGAGGAUUAUUUUUUUUUACUUACCAUAAAGUGAACUGUUUGCGGUAACGUGAGUGUGUUUCGUGCUGGAGGACAAAAGAGAUAAGCGCCAGGAGGCUGCUGGACCCUCGUCAUCAGGUGUGGUGCCCAAAUUCGUUAAACGUUUAGCCUUAUUUCACAUCACACAUCAUACAGCUAAAAUUCUCAUUCAUAAUUAAUGUGUUUGUCGUAUUUAUGGUUACACAUUCUUAAGUGUUUCGUGCGUUUGUCGCUGAGCAUCCCCUUCAUUAUUAUAAUUAGUCACAAUAUAUCAUCUAUUGCAAAUCUCACAGUGUGAAAACUGAAAGAGACACAAAAUCGCGUUAAACAUUCGGUCUAAAUCAGUGAAUGUUUUCACUGAGAGAUGUAAAUUCGAAACGUCUUGCAUAUAAUGAAAGUUUAUAAUUUGGACAAAUAUGACUUAAAAAGUACCCAAAGGUAGGACCAUAAAGAAAUGUUAAAAUAUUAAUAAACUACCUCGGACAUGCGAACACGCUUGGCAUCAUUGAUAGUUGUGAAGCAGGAACCACAGGACGAAGAUUUCUUCGUGUCAUCAUCUGUUACGAAUCUUACUCAAUUUGUCUUUACGCAUUCAAAUAGUGAAAAUGAAGACAGUAAUAAUAACAUCACUGGGACCAAUGGGUACAGUAGGUAUUCAGUGUUUCCUCGGUUGGAUGAUUUAAAUAAUAAUAAUAAUACUAGUGGACAUGAAGUUUUGAACAAUAUUCAACACAGCAUCAAUCAACAGAGCAACUACCACGCAGAAGAAGAUAAGGAGAAAUACGAAGAUACCAAGUGUACACCCUCUCUGUUGUCGGCAAUCGUAACACAGCAGGGCAUCGUUAGUCCAGAAUCUAGUAAAGAGGAAAGUGAGACUACUUCAACAGUAGCCGCGACAACUGCUGGGACAGGAAGCACCGGCGAAGGAAUUGCCGCAUCAACUAUGCUGCUAUUGCAAUCUCAGCAGAGCACCUUUAGUUCUCUUUCUUCGUUUGAUCUUUUAUCAUCUAAUCAGCAAUACUCAUCGCAGCAGUACCAUCAACUGCAACAACAGAUUCAACAAGAACAAGAGUCUGUGCAUUUUGAUCUCGGUGGUAGUGAUCUUGAUCCUCUGUCAGAAGUUUUGUAUCCUUCCACCUCUUCAACAUCAUUGAUUGGCCAACCUAUUGCAUCGACAUCACAAGGACGUGGCAGUGAUACUCCUUUUAUUGAACAAUUGCAUCACUCAAAUUCCUCCAGUGAUACCCUUAUUGGACUCAGCAGCCACUCCAGCCACUUUGGCGGUUCUGUAGAGAGUCUUCCUUCUACACUUGUACCUCUUUUCAACAAGGAAGAUCCCACUGCGCUUGUACCACAGAGUGACCAAGCAUCAGGAACUCUAGAGAGACCGACAGAUAUUGGUCCAUUGACUCUUCGCUCCAGCAGUGAUCCUGCAAUAUCUUUACACUCUCUCCAAUCUCGCCAAUCACAAGCAUCCUCGUCCACAACACCUACAGCCCCAGAUUCACCGCUGCCAAGCUUUCAGGAGACCUACUCAAUCAAGUACAGUCAGUUAGCGAGUUUUGGUCUCAAAAUGGAUGAAGACACAUUCAAUGUUGCUUCGCCAUAUCAUUCGGGUGUUGUUGCAUACCAACAUGGCCAUCAGCAUCCUUUUGGUAGUUCUUCCUCAACAAUUCACCACCAAGGACACUAUGAAUUUCACGGACAGCACACUACAACUCCUGGACAGCAUCCUCCACAGUACAUACAACAAAGUUCAGGACCUUUCUACCAACAACAACAAUCCUUUGAACAGCAUCCUAUGUACGCACCCAGUACUCAAGAACGCUACUCCCUCCCACCCUUUCCGACUGUGUCAGAGCUUCACGUAACAACUACGAGUCAGAGGAGAGCUUCUCUGCCACUUCAACGAUCAGAAUCCACAUCAAGCAGUGAAAGCCCUAAACCACCACGUGGUCAACUACCCAAAGGCUUUCUACCCAGCGCCUCAAGUUCAGCAUCUAGCUCACCAGGAUGCAUUAAUAACAAUAAUCCAGCCACGGCCAAUAAUAACGAGCCUGGCCUUAGUCGUUCUGCCAUACAACCAACCCCACAGAGUCCUUCACAACUCUGUGCUGUUUGUGGGGAUACAGCAGCGUGUCAGCACUAUGGUGUUCGCACAUGCGAGGGAUGCAAAGGGUUCUUCAAGCGCACCGUACAAAAAGGAUCCAAGUACGUGUGUUUGGCAGAUAAGGCAUGCCCAGUGGAUAAGCGACGAAGAAAUCGAUGUCAAUUCUGUCGGUUCCAGAAAUGUCUUGCCGUUGGCAUGGUUAAAGAGGUAGUCCGUACAGACAGUCUUAAGGGUAGACGCGGACGUUUACCGUCUAAGCCCAAGUCCCCACAAGAAUCACCACCAAGUCCCCCGGUAUCCAUGAUAACUGCCAUGGUUCGUGCUCAUGUCGACACAACACCUGAUUUGGCAAGUCUGGAUUAUUCACAGUACCGCGAACCAACACCUACAGAGCCCAUAAUCUCGGAAGCUGAUAAAGUACAACAAUUCUACACUCUACUCACCACAUCUGUGGAUGUAAUUAAACAUUUUGCCGACAAACUACCUGGAUUUAGUGAUCUGUGCUCGGAGGAUCAGGAGCUGCUCUUCCAGUCAGCAUCACUAGAGCUUUUUGUGCUACGAUUGUCGUAUAGAGCACGCAUUGACGACACGAAGAUGACCUUCUGCAAUGGUGUGGUGCUCCACAAGAUGCAGUGUCAACGUUCCUUUGGCGACUGGCUCAAUGCCAUACUCGAGUUUAGCAAGAGUCUUCAUGCCCUCGAGAUCGACAUCUCUGCUUUCGCUUGUCUCUGUGCUCUCACGCUCGUUACUGAACGUCAUGGGUUGAAGGAGCCAAAGAAAGUCGAGCAAUUGCAGAUGAAGAUUAUUUCCAGUUUGCGUGAUCAUGUCACAUAUAAUGCGGAGGCACAGCGAAAACCACACUAUUUCAGUCGCCUCUUGGGAAAAUUGCCCGAGCUACGAUCCCUCAGUGUUCAGGGACUUCAGCGAAUAUUUUAUUUGAAACUUGAGGAUCUCGUUCCAGCGCCACCGCUCAUUGAGAACAUGUUUGUAGCUACUCUACCCUUCUAAAUAAAACUUACAUAAUAGUAAACGUUAUAAAUAAUAUAAGAAUACCUUUAUCCUGAAAAUACUUUGCACGUGCUUAUAAACUUCCUAGCAUACGUAUAAAAUUGCCUAAGAAUUCACGAAAAAUCUCAUUAUCUUUUAAUUGCAAAUUUUUAAUUCGAAUUCUUAGGCAUUUACAAUAUGUGUCGUAUGGCGUAAAGAAACAUUUAUUUAGUAAAUUCCAUCUAAAUACCGUUUAAAAGACAAGAAAUAAGACAAAUCAUUAAUUCAUUAAUUUCACAUUUGAUGUAGGAAUAAAGCAUGUAUAUAUACAUACAUAGCUGAUUAUCUAUGACCACAUUGUGGAAUAUCAACUUCAAGUGUAGAUAUUCAAAAAAUAUAUUGAAUCCUAAUGAAAAAAAUGAAGAAGCAUAUAAUGUAAAGUAUGUACGCUUGAUUUUCUUUGAAUGUCGUAUAUAUAUAUAUAGAGUUGUAGGUAUUCAAAACAUGUUUUAUAAGUGAGAUUUUUUUUCUUUUUUUUUAUAAAUUAAAUUUAUUGUGAUGUUUAUACACAUAUAUACACUUAUUUGAAAUUAUAAAAUACUCAUAAAUUGAUAUUUUGAGUUUUACAAAUUUAAUUUUAGAUAUAAUAUUGAAUGUUAGAAUUAAAUAAGAAUACUUUUAAUGUAGUCCCUAGACUGUGACCGGUACAAACUGUAUAAUAUGUUUUCCUAUAUCAAUUUUUUAGGUGGUAUACGAAUGUAUAAAAUUUGGAAAAUGUAAAAUUCCUUUGCAGAAAAAAACAGUCUGUAGAAUCUUCCUCUAACUGAGGAGAUUAAGAAAUUACAUAGUGGUUAUACUCAUAAAUAUAGGUACCGAAGUAACAUUAAAAAUAUCAUACAUAGCACUCCAAUCCUUUUUAGACAAACAAGAAGAAAAAAGUAUAGUGCGUAGAUAUCAAAUCUUCACUGCACAAAAGUAAUGAAAAAUUAUAAUAUAUUUCUGUAAAUGUAAAAUAAUGUUUAGACAAAACUACAUGGUUACCGAAAGUAGCAAAAAAAACCCUAGUCGUAAAAGAAAUUUCAUUUUAUAUUAAAUUAUUCUUUUUUUUUAAGUUACCAAUUGCCUGCCAUUGAUUUAGAAACAAUAAUUUUUUUAAUAGUAUACAAUUUUUAAUGAAUAAAUGCAGCAAAAGUAAGUCUCUGAAAUAUUUCUUUUUUUGGAUUUUUUUUAUAACCAACUUUAUAAGGAUAUUUUAAUAAUUACUUUUAAGGACCUUCAAAAUUGACUUUUAAAAAAAUUUGUGAUUUAAAAAAAAAGUACCAAUAUUUCUUUGGUACAACUUAUUGAGAUUUAAGAAUAAAAAGUGAUUUUUUAAUGCAUUAUUUAUAGGUUACCAAACUUUUAUGAGAAAAAAAAGUAAAACUUAAAAUUUAAUUUGAUCUUAUAGAAAUGUCAUCACUAUAAACUUUACACAAAAUUUUAUUUAUUCUUUAAUGAAUUAAAUAUUUGAUAAAUAAUUUUGCAACACAGUAAACUUUACUUAUUUACUGUAAGAAAUUGGACUUGUUGAUUAAAAAAAAAGGAUUUUAUGCAGUUUUUGUAAAAAUUUCUUUAACAAAAUACAUAACAUCCUUGUUUGAUUAUUCAACCUUUUUUUAUUUUAUAUUUUCUUAUCUUACUAUUCCUCCAUGUAUUCCGAAUGGUAGUAUUGUUAGUAAAAAAAAAAGAUGUAAUUUAGUAUAGAUAAGUAAUUCAGAGACUUACUUUUGCGUACCCUUUUUAACUUAUAAAAUAAUCUUGCCAAUAAGAGAAAUUUAUUGCAUACUCAUAGCCGUAUUAUAAGGAGAAUAAUAACAAGAUAUUCUUUGUAUUGCCACUUAUGUGGAAUACCAACUAAUUAUAUACACCUUUUGAAUUAAAAGAGAUUACAAAUAGCAAAAUAAAAUAUACACAA